UCCGAGUGAAGAUGAUUCUUCCUCGGAGUCUGAUGAUUCGUCAUCGGAGAAAAUUACAAAGAAAUCGAAGACAUAUCAUGAAAAUGGAUUGGUCGAUGCUAUUGAACCAAAAAAGCAAAAAAUUCGUAAUCGGAUUGAUUCUUCGCCGGACGAGGAAGAAGACAGUAGCUCUAGUUCUAGUGAAUCUUCCAGUGAAGAAGAGAGCGAAAAAGAUUCUUUGGUUGCUGACGAUAGUGACAGUUCCAAAUCUUCCGCUGCUCCUGAUGAGAAUGCGAAAGAAGAUGGCCUCAAUAAUAAUAACGAUAGAAAUGAAGAUCAUGACGCGGGAAAAAAAUUACCAAAGCAAGUGUUGCAAGACUUUCAAUUUAACAUUGGCCGUUAUUUAAGUUCUGUGAAUAAUUCCAGUGUUUCUCAAAAAAAGACUUCAAGUCAAAAUACCAAUGACCAAUUGGAGAAAGAAACUACACCCAU